CUCGUUAUUUCCUCCCAAGAACAUCUCAAAACAUUUUCUAUUCUUCAUUCAAUCUUUUGACCAACACACACUCAUAUAUUCUCAUAAACCCUAAACCCUAUCUUGUUUCAACAACACUCUUGUUCCGAAUCCAAGAAAAAAGAGGUUAGUUUCAAAAGCAAUGGCCAAAGUUGGGAAGCUGACAAAGCUCAAGUCGGCAAUAAAGAAAUGGCCUUCCUUCGCCAAGAAUCACCACCACUCGUCCUCCUCGGCUGCUGUCUCCGAUGAGCUCUCAGAGAACAACAAUCUCCAUGUUGUUUAUGUUGGUCAGACUCGAAGACCUUACAUGCUUAAACCGGACAUCAUCUCUCACCCACUUUUUCAAGAACUGGUGGAUAGGUCUUCUAGAUCCGAUGAACAAGAUCGUGAGAUUGUUGUAGCUUGUGAAGUUGUUUUGUUCGAGCACUUGUUGUGGAUGCUCAAGACUGGUCAAGAAGGAGGAUCCGUUGAAGAAUUGGCUGAGUUCUAUACUUAUUAACAUCGACCGAUUGAUUUUUAAACAUUUGUUUCGUAUAAUAUAUACUUCCUAUGUUUUUUAUUCUGUUGUUGCUCCUGAAUUGUAUUUUGAUUCAAUGCGGUGUGUGAUCAAAAACGUGAUCUCGUAAACCAUGUCAUUUGCUUCUGUGUGUUUUUUUUUGUUCUCGAGCAUUUUUAUGAUGAUGAUGACUUGAUGAGCGUAUGUGGCUUCA